AUGGUUGAACCUAUACUUAACCAAGGUGUUGGUUGGGGAAUUAUCCUCGGUUUUGGUGGUUUCUUCGCAGUCGUAAUGACAUUAUUGACAUUAGCACAAAGUCGUUAUCUAAGAGAAUUUCAAACAAGUGAAAUGUUUAUGACUGCUCAUCGUAGUGUGAGAACUGGGUUAGUUGCUUCUGCUAUUGUAUCAUCAUGGACUUGGGCUGCUACUUUACUACAAUCUUCUACAGUCGCGUACCAAUAUGGUGUCUCUGGACCCUUUUGGUAUGCUUCCGGUGCUACUAUUCAAGUCUUACUUUUUGCCAUCUUGGCAAUUGAACUUAAACGAAAAGCUCCAAAUGCUCAUACUUUCCUCGAAAUUAUUAAUGUCCGUUAUGGAAAAGCUGCUCAUAUUGUGUUCUUAUGCUUUGGUUUGGCUACAAACAUGAUCGUAACUGCUAUGUUGCUACUUGGUGGUUCUGCUGUGGUUGAGGCUCUUACUGGUGUCAAUAUCUACGCCUCUUGUUUCUUGCUUCCACUUGGUGUGCUUGUUUAUACCUUAUUUGGUGGUAUCAAAGCAACCUUCUUGACGGAUUAUGUUCAUACCACCGUAAUUUUUAUCGUCCUUCUUUCCUUUUUAUUCACCGUCUAUUGUACUUCUCCUAAAAUUGGUUCUCCUAACGCAAUGUACGACCUUCUUGAGGCUGCUUCUAAAGUAAAACCCGUAGAUGGUAAUGAAGGGGGCUCUUAUUUGACAAUGAACUCAUUACAAGGUUUAAUUUUUGGUAUUAUCAAUAUUGUUGGAAAUUUCGGAACUGUAUUUGUUGAUAAUGCAUAUUGGCAAAGAGCUAUUGCUUCAAGACCAAGUUCAACCGUUCAUGCUUAUUUGAUUGGUGGUUUAGCUUGGUUUGCAAUUCCAUUUACUUUGGCCACUACAAUGGGUCUUUCUGGUGUCGCUGUUUUGGGUAAUUCAAAUUUGACUGAUAGUGAUGUCUCUGCUGGAUUGGUACUUCCUUUGGCUGCUAGUAAUAUCAUGGGUUCAGCUGGUGGUUUUGCUGCUUUAGUACUUGUUUUCAUGGCUGUCACUUCUGCCUCCUCAGCUGAACUUAUCGCUGUAUCUUCUAUUUAUACUUAUGAUAUAUAUCGUACUUAUAUUCAUUCUGGUGCAAUUGGAAGUCAAGUAAUUAAUCAUUCUCACUAUUCCGUUAUUGGAUUUGGUAUAAUUAUGGGUGGACUUGCUAGCAUUCUGAAUUUAAUUGGUGUAAAGUUGGGGUAUAUGUACUUACUCAUGGGUAUAAUAUCAUCACCUGCUGUAUUUCCCGUGGCAUUUGCAAUAACAUGGAGAAAACAAUCUGCUAUGGCUGCCAUUGUCUCUUCAGUUAUUGGUGUCGUGUGUGGAAUUACCGCUUGGUUAGUUACCGCUCAACAACUUUAUGGUGAACUUACUAUUAAAUCUACUGGUGACAAUUAUCCUAUAGUAUCCAUCUUCGUUCCAUUGAUUAUUACUUUAAUCUGGUCAUUCAUUUUCCCUGAUAAUUUCGACUUUGAUGUUACUCGUACAAAAUUACAAAUUUUAACCGAUGAUGAAAUUGAUGAAAAUUACAAACAUGUUGAUCAAAGUGAUACAGAUCCUCAUAAAUUAAAAAAAGCAUUUAAAUUUGCUCUUUGGAGUAGUAUUAUUUUAACUCUCAUAUUAGUUGUCAUUUGGCCAUUACCUAUGUACUUUUCCAAAUAUGUUUUCUCUAAACCUUUCUUCACUUUUUGGGUGGCUAUAAGUAUGAUUUGGGCUAUUUGUGCUACUGUUGCUGUUUCCAUCUUUCCGGUGGUCGAGGCAAGGCAAAGUGUUUUUAGAGUAAUUAAAGGUGUCAUUUUGGAUAUUACUGGAAAACAUGGUGAAGCAACAGUUGAAGAAGUAGUUGAAGUCAAACAUGACGAAGUUAAUAAUGAAAAGGCUUAA